AGCCUGGGGCGGGGGGGCCGGUUUGUUGUGGUCGCCAUUUUGCUGGUUGCAUUACUGGGUAAUCAGGGCCCUGGCUCGCCGCGUCCGUCAGAUACCUUCAGCCAGUUGGCAGGUCCGAGCUCGGGCUUCCCGAGCAGUUUGAGUCCUCUUGCCCGCGCUCUCAGCGGCGGCGGCGGCGGCUGCUGCUGUUGUCACCCACCGGGCCGCCUGUCCCGCUUGCCCUCCCCGCUGCGGGGCUUGCCGGGUCGGCCGGGCCGGGACAGGCGGCCGUCUCUUCACCGCCGCCAUGCUGGCUGCUCGCCCACCCCACUGGGGGCCCCACCGCACUCCAGCCCCCCGUGGGCCCCGCGCCAGCCCUGACCCGGGUCUCAGCGGCGGUGGCAGCCGAGGUGCAGGAUGCGAGAAGGCGCCCCCCGGCCGGGCUCCCGCUCCAGGCCUCGCUCCCCUGCGGCCCUCUGAGCCCACCAUGGCCGUUCCACCGGGCCAUGGUCCCUUCUCUGGCUUCCCGGGGCCCCAGGAGCACACGCAGCAGGUAUUGCCUGAGGUGCGGCUCUUGCCGCGGAGGCUGCCCCUGGCCUUCCGGGAUUCGACCUCGGCCCCACUGCGCAAGCUCUCCGUGGACCUCAUCAAGACCUACAAGCACAUCAAUGAGGUCUACUAUGCGAAGAAGAAGCGGCGGGCCCAGCAGGCACCCCCUCAGGACUCAAGCACCAAGAAGGAGAAGAAGGUCCUGAACCACGGUUACGACGACGACAACCAUGACUACAUCGUGCGCAGUGGCGAGCGCUGGCUGGAGCGCUAUGAAAUUGACUCACUCAUUGGCAAAGGCUCCUUUGGCCAGGUGGUGAAAGCCUACGAUCAUCAGACCCAGGAGCUGGUGGCAAUCAAGAUCAUCAAGAACAAAAAGGCCUUCCUGAACCAGGCCCAGAUUGAGCUGCGGCUGCUGGAGCUGAUGAACCAGCACGACACGGAGAUGAAGUACUACAUAGUGCACCUGAAGCGACACUUCAUGUUCCGGAACCACCUGUGCCUGGUGUUCGAACUGCUUUCCUACAACCUGUACGACCUCUUGCGCAACACUCACUUCCGCGGUGUCUCGCUGAAUCUGACGCGGAAGCUGGCGCAGCAGCUCUGCACGGCGCUGCUUUUUCUGGCCACACCCGAGCUCAGCAUCAUUCACUGCGACCUCAAGCCUGAGAACAUCCUGCUCUGCAACCCCAAGCGGAGCGCCAUCAAGAUCGUGGACUUCGGCAGUUCCUGCCAGCUUGGCCAGCGGAUUUAUCAGUAUAUCCAGAGCCGCUUCUACCGGUCACCUGAGGUGCUCCUGGGCACGCCCUAUGACCUGGCCAUUGACAUGUGGUCCCUGGGCUGCAUCCUGGUGGAGAUGCACACUGGAGAGCCCCUCUUCAGUGGCUCCAAUGAGGUGGACCAGAUGAACCGGAUUGUGGAGGUGCUGGGCAUCCCACCAGCCCCCAUGCUGGACCAGGCACCCAAGGCUCGCAAAUACUUUGAACGGCUGCCUGGGGGUGGCUGGACCCUACGAAGGACAAAGGAACUCAGGAAGGAUUACCAGGGCCCCGGGACACGGCGGCUGCAGGAGGUGCUGGGCGUGCAGACGGGCGGGCCCGGGGGCCGGCGGGCGGGGGAGCCGGGCCACAGCCCCGCCGACUACCUCCGCUUCCAGGACCUGGUGCUGCGCAUGCUGGAGUAUGAGCCCGCCGCCCGCAUCAGCCCGCUGGGGGCUCUGCAGCACGGCUUCUUCCGCCGCACGGCUGAUGAGGCCACCAACACGGGCCCGGCAGGCAGCAGUGCCUCCACCUCGCCCGCACCCCUCGACACCUGCCCCUCCUCCAGCACCGCCAGCUCCAUCUCCAGCUCUGGAGGCUCCAGUGGCUCUUCCAGUGACAACCGGACCUACCGCUACAGCAACCGAUAUUGUGGGGGCCCUGGGCCCCCUAUCACUGACUGUGAGAUGAACAGCCCCCAGGUUCCACCCUCGCAGCCGCUGCGUCCCUGGGCAGGGGGUGAUGUGCCCCACAAGACACAUCAGGCCCCUGCCUCCACCUCGUCACUGCCAGGGGCUGGGGCCCAGUUACCCCCCCAACCCCGAUGCCUUGGCCGUCCUCUAUCACCAACCUCUCCUCCACCCCCGGAGCUGAUGGAUGUGAGCCUGGUGGGCGGCCCUCCGGACUGCUCCCCGCUCCACCCAGCGCCUGCUCCCCAGCACCCGGCUGCCUCAGCCCUCCGGACUCGGAUGACAGGAGGUCGUCCACCCCUUCCACCCCCUGAUGACCCUGCCACUCUGGGGCCUCGCUUGGGCCUCCGUGGUGUUCCCCAGAGCACAGCAGCCAGCUCAUGACCCUGCCCCCUCCCUGGGGCCCCUCCUGAAGCCAUACCCCCCCCAUCUGGGGGCCCUGGGCUCCCAUCCUCAUCUCUCCCCUUGGCUGGAAUUGCUGCUACCCAGCUGGGGUGGGUGAGGCCUGCACUGAUUGGGGCCUGGGGCAGGGGGUCAAGGAGAGGGGUAUAAGCGCACCCUCCCCACUAAGGACUGGACCCUUGGCCCCCUCUCCCCCCCUUGUUUUCUAUUUAUUGUACCAAAGACAGUGGUGGUCCGGUGCAGGGGAGACCCCCCCUCACUCCAGGGCCCUAGGAGGGGGUGGGGGUAGGUAGGGGGAGAUGGCCUUGCUCCUCCAUGCUGUACCCCCCAGUAAAGAGCUUUCUCACAUGCCUGCCUGAGCGUUUGCAGGGCCCUGGCUCCCCUCACCUGGUCCUCAGAGGCAUGGUGGGGAAUGGUGUUGGGGGAGGGCAUGCUGGAAGAGCUUUGUCUUGUGGGAUAGGUCCAUGGGGGAAAUUAUGGCUAUCUGUGCAGACAUGGGCUGCAGGAGAUCUGGGCCUAAGGAAUCCUAGACAGAUCCUGGGUAGGAUUCUCGCCCACAUUUGCCUUUUCCAGGGUAAACUGAGAGUCGGAAAGGCUAAAGGCCCAACUCUGGCCUGCCUCUAGGAAAGAAACAUCAGGUUCUGCCCUAGUAAACACGGGCUUCCACAGAGGCUGCGCAGGAGUGGCUCCUAAGCCAGGCAGGCAUCCAGUAGGUGCUGAAUAUGUAGCAGGACUUAUUGGUGUCAUCUGGGGAAUGUCAGGCAGACAGUGGUAAAGCCUUUACCCCCUACGCGUCAGAUCUCACCAUGUGCAACCAUUGCGGAGCAAGGCGUUUUGAGAUUCUCAGGCAAAAAGAUAUUCCCGGGGUUCCAGGUAAGUGGGCCUGUUUCCAUGGCAAUUCGGAAACGUCUGUCUCCGAAAUGGCCAAUCAAGAGCCGCCUGAUUCAAAGGGUAUCGUCUUCCACAAGUGGUACGCGGCGCCUCCUGGGAAAUGUAGUUCUUAGCGAUCUUUCCCCCCCUUCCCCGUUUCGUUGCGGAACUACAAAAACCAGAGUUCUUUCGCGUCACGUGUUUAGGGGCGGGACGCAAGGCGGCCAGUCGGCAGCCAGAGGCAGACGGGUCCCGGAUGUUUGGGGUGGGCUGUAGAGGAAGAGAAGGCCGUGAUUGGGUGGUUUUGGUCGUUCUGUUCGCAGGCGUAGAUUUCUCGGUCCUGCGGUAGGUGCGUGACGACUAUUGGCGAGAGCGCGCUUGUUAGGCGUUCGUGGUUUGGGGGUAGCAGGCGGUAGAUGUUGAGGCCGGAGACCCCGUCACGUGGGGCCUCACUAGCUGCUGUGCCUGGCCCAGCUCGUGUGAACGCCCAAUCCGUAGGAGAGACAGGCAAGGGCUCCGUUACAGACUUGUGUGUGUUCGUUAACGGAGGCAGCGUGGAACGCGGAGGGAACCCAGACGAAGCACGGAUUUACAGAAAAGUUGCAAAGAUGGUACAAGAGACUUCCCAUGUACUACUCUACACCCAGCUUCCCGUAAUGUUAACAUCUGACAUAAUUACGGUACAUUUGUCAAAAGAAAGAAAUUAAUGUUGAUUAAUAUUCUAUUAACUGAACUCCAGACUUUAUUCAUAUUCUACCUGUUUUUCCACUAAUGUUCUUUUUCUGUUCCAGGAUCCAAUCCAGGACAUCAUGUUGCAUUUGAUCAUCAUGUCUCCUUGGUCUCCUCCAAUCUGUGACAGUUCCUUACUUAGUCUUUCCUUGUUUUUCAUGACCUUGACAGUUUUGAGGAGUACUGGUCAGGUAUUUUGUAGAAUGUCCCUCAGUCUGGGUUUGUCUAAUAUUUUUCUCAUGGAUAGAACUGGGAUUAUAGGUUUGGGGAAGAAUACCACUCAGGUCGUAUUAACCUGGAUCACUUCAUUCAGGUGGCGUUUCUCAACUGUAAUGUUACUGUUUUUCCUUUUCCUCACGCUCUGUGUUAGAAACAAGUCAUGAAAUCCAGCCCACACUCAAAGGGAGGAGAAUUAAGCUCCAGUUCCUGGAGGGAAAAAUAUCAAAGAAUUUGUCUUCAUAUGUGAAAGCCACCACAGUAAUUGAUAAAUAUGGGAAGAUACUUUAAGGCUGUGCAAAUGUACUGUUUCUCCUCAAAGUUCCACCCACUAAUUUUAGCAUUCAUCAUAGAUCUUGCUUGCAACAGUCAUUACUGUGGUGUUCUAGCGAUGAUUUUCUAUUUUCCUCAUUUAUUCUACAUUUAUUAUUUGGAAUUCUUCUGUAGGAAGAUUUGCCUCUUCUACCCCAUUUAUUUUAUUUGUACAAUCAUUAAUUUAAAUCAGUAUGGACUCAUGGAUAUUUAUUUCAUUGUUUGGAUAUAAUCUGAUGCUAUCGUAAUUAGUUUUUUCACUCAAAUUAUUCCUGUUUUGGCCAGAGGAGCUCUUUCAGGUUGGCUCCUGUGCUCUUAACUCCUUUUUCUUUUUGUUUACUUAUUUAUUUAUUUAUUUAUUUAUUUAUUUAUUUAUUUAUUUAUUUAUUUAUUUAACACCUCCUUACUACCUGGCACUGUAAGAUGCUCCAGGCUUAUCUUGCAUUUUCCCUGCCCCAACCCUAGAAUUGGCCAUUUCUCCAGGGAGCUUUGGUUCCCUUUUAUUAGAGAAUGGUCUUAGAAACCAAGGCCUGGGUACUGAGUGUGGUUACUGCUACUGGGGCGUCACUGUUUUUAGUCCUUCUCAGCUGACCGAGCCAAGAAAUACACAUAGUGUACAAAACCACGUGUAUACAUGUAUCUGUAUUUGUGUAUGUAUAUAGAUAGAUAUAGAUAUCUGUAUAAAAAUAAUAAACAUGAGUCCAUACUGAUAUUUCAUACUCUAAUCCAGCCCUAGAAGUUUCAUUCUCACCGUCCCUCCCUGCUAUCUUGGUAACUUCUUUCUCUGACAAUGAGAAACCUAGCUUAGUGGGCACUCUUUAAUGUUCAUCUUUCCGGCCAUCUUGGCAAAAAUUGGCAGUGUUGGCCAUUUCCUCCUUCUGUGAAGACAUUCUCCCCUUGGUCUCUCUGAUGUUGAUGCUCCCUGAUUCUCCUGUGUCUUGCUUCUUUGCCAGAAGUUCCUGUUUUCCCCGAUCCCUUAAGUGUGGGGGCAGCUCUUCUCUUCUCCCACCCCCUGGACCAUCUUAUCCUCUUUUAUGGUCUAUUUCCUGUCUCUGUGCUGAUGACGCCCACUCUGACCUUAGCGCUGACCUCUUCCCUGGGUCCCCGAUCUGGAGGUCCUGAGGCCUCAUGAAAGCCACCGCCCCCCUCCCUAGCCCUGGGUGAUCCCUGGGUCCCUAACACUCACUAUGUCCGAAAUUGCAAACCACCUCCUCCUCUCAGUUCCUGUCUCAGGAGUGGCCCUUCUAUACCCCAGGCUCCCAGAGAGAGCCUUGGGCUUCAUCUUUGAUACCUCCCUCCCUAUCCCCACCCCCCAGCCCGACCCAUCAACCCCGAUAGCUUGUCCACGAGGACUCCUGGAUGCCUCCCAUCUGCCCCCUUCUAGCCUUCACAGCCCUGCCUUGGUCCAACCCUGUCCUCUCCCACCUUGUUUCUGCCUGGCCUCCUCCCGGGCCCCUGGCCCCUCCUCUCUCCCUUUAACCCACCUCCACGUGGCAGUGAGAGGGAUUUUUGUGGAAUACAAAUCUGAUAGUGUCCUCUUGCUUCAAGCCUCUCCAUGUUUCUGUAGUGUUCUUAGGAGAAGAUCCUAACUCCUUAGCCUGAUACUGAAGGCUUGACCAUCACCUCAGCCCGUCUCCCCGACUGCCUGAUUAACUCCAGACCCACUGAAUUUCUUCUGUUUUCUUGAACAUGAACAAUGCGCUUACCUGGGCCUCUGCGUGGACCCUCACCCAGCCUCAGCAACCUUCAGCCCAGCCAGUCCUGCCCAGUCCACACUCCACCCACUUUCUUUCCACUCAUAUUUUGAAACAGUCCCAGACAUCAACAUCUGUAAGGAUGAUAAAUACAGUAGAAUCGGUGGUUAUUUCUGAGUGUUGGAAGUCAGGGGAAGGAGAUUUACUUUAAAACAAUUUUUUAAUGAACAUGUUUUCAUUGAACACAUAACACCAAUAGCUGUUACAGGAGAAAAAUUUAACCAAAUAAAAAAACUACAUUGUGUUUUAAUUCAAGACAAAAAAAACUUUCAAGAAUCAUUACUUUAAAAAGAAUUAUUACUGCAGGAAGAGAAUAGAGGUGUAUUUCUCUGUACACUGGAACAGUCACGCCAGAAUGCACUUUUACGGAGUGCUUGAAUCACAACUGAGGGAAUUUUCUUAGGAAUUUUCACAAUUAUGGUAUCCUUGUAAACAUGAUGUAUGUAAUUUAUCUAAACAGCAUCUUACAAGUAUUUGGAAUAACUGAGUUACAUAAAAGGAUUUUGUAUGUGUAGAGGAAGGUUACUAAAGUAUAUUGGCGUUGGGAGAAUUCUUGUCUACUCUGAUAUCAAUGACAACUGGACAGUGAAUUCAGUGUAAAGGAACUGUGAAUGCAUCCGCUUUGGGACAUUUUGUGGUGUUAACUCUGACUAGCAUGUACCUUAUCGAUAACUGCCAGCAUUUUCUUGGAGCCUUCUUCAUGCCAGGCACCAUUCUAAGCCCUUUCCAUAGAUUAAUUCAGUAAUCCUUUCAGUAUUCACACAGCCCAUAGGAGGCAGCUACUGUUCUUAUCCCUUUGUUUCAGUGAGGCAUUUCAAGUUGAAAUCAGGUGCGUCAGGUUCCAUAGCUGGUAAGUGGCAGCACUGGGCCUGGAAGCCAAGAGUCCUGGUUGGUUCCAUUGUCUGUGCCUUUAACCACCUUCCUCCUGGAUUUCAUUCUUAAAGGAGACGCCCACAUUUCUGAUACUGCAACUUGUUCUUUUCGGAAAAAGGGCUUAAAUUACUUUUUUUUCCAGCUGCUAAGAAAUCUUUCUCAACAUACCCAAUUAUUUGUAAAGAGAAACACUUAACUUUUUUUUUAGGGAAAAUUUCAAACAUACAUAAAAGCAGAGAGAAAAGUCUAAUGACUGUCCAUGCCCCCAUCACCCAGCUUCAGCAGUUACCAGCACGUAGCCAUUCUUGGUCCAUCCAUGUCCUGCACAUUGUUCUCCCCUGGUCAAUUAUUUGAAAGCGAAUCCACAUGUAUUAUUAAAAGACAUUUUCUUUAAAGACUCCCCCUACUGGCAGAUUGACCACCUCUCUGCUUCUCUGCUCCCUAUCCCCUGGCUUUCCAAAUGCAGACAGAUCUGUGCGUGGUGUGUGUGAUACCAUCACCUGGCUCUGUCCCUGGCUCGCUUCCUGGAACCCUAUCCUCCAGGCGUUUAUCCCCACUGCUCUGAAGCCUGAAAGUGAUUCUUCUUAGUGACAGGGGACAGGCUGGUGUUGCUUGGCAGGCCCCUCCCGUAGUGGGUCAUUUAAUCUGCUUGUGGCUUUUUGCCCUGAUCAAGUCCUCCUCCCUUAUUUGGGUUAUUUUCUGGGUGGCCCCUCCACUCAAAACCAGGCCUCUUGUAACACUCCUCACACACUGUAAUUUCACUUUAAGCACAUGUUUCUCGUAGAAUGAAACAGGGAUUCGGGUAUUUUGUAUUCAUUGCCUGGGAACUCCAUGGGCAGGAAUCAGGUCUGUCUUCACCCCUGCUGUGUCCCCAGCAUUACUAAGCACAGGGCCUGGCGCUCAGUAGGUACUCAGUAACAGUGAUGAAUGAAUGAUUGCCAAGGCCAAUAGCUGAGCAUUUAUCAUGAGGGCAAUAGGAAGCCACAGAAGUGUUUUAGGCAGAACUGGACCCAUUUUUCUCAAAUGAAUGUGCAUGUAAAUCCCCUGGGGUCUUGUUAAAAUGUAGAUUCUGAAUCAGUGGGUCUGCGGAGGGGCUUGAGAGUCUAUUUGUAACAAGCUCCCAAGUGACACCAAUGCUUUGAGCAGUAGGGGUCUUAUGCUGUUCAGUGUAGCAGCCACCAGUCACAUGUGGCUGUGGAGCACUUGAAAUGUGGCUAGUGUGAAUUGAGAUGUAUUUUAAGUGUGAAAUACCCACCAGAGUUCAAAGACAGUACAAAAAAGAGAAUGUAAAAUAUCUCAAUUUUUAUAUUGAUCACAUGUUAAUAUGGUAAUAUUUUAGAUAUAUUGAGUUAAAUAAAAUAUAUUAUUAAAAUUAAUUUAACUUUUUUUUAUUUGGCUACUGGAAGAUUCAAAAUUACAUUUGUGACUCUCAUUAUGUUUCUACUGGAUCAUGCUGGUCUACAACACUCCAAACUCCCUCUCACCUCUAAGGUUUUUCCAUGCUUUUCCCCCUUUUUGGAGUACCCCUCUUUCCCUCAACUUCCUCCUCAAAAAUAAUUUCAUACAUCUUUCAGGUCUCAGUUAUGAUGUCUCAUGCUCCAGGAAGGCCUCCUUGAUCCCCCAGGUGGGUCAGGUGACUGUUCUGAGCUUCCAGCAGUCUUUGGGUUUCCCUCAUCUCAGCCCUGACCAUCUGUCAUGUCCACAUCUAUAUGUCUGUCUUCCACUUUAGGCGGAUAAAUCCGUGAGGUUGGGGACAAAGUCUGUUCUGGUCACCACGUUAUCUCCAGAACCUGGCACAGUAUUGUUAACUGAUUUAAGAGAUGACAUGGAAGAUGUGGGUCAUGCGCAUUUUACAGCUCUCUGUCUGGACUGUGCAGCUGGUUCAUCUCUAGCCUUGUUUUGAUGUGCCCCGACACCAGCACUCAUUUGGAACUGCUCUAACAGUUUUACUGUGUGUACAGUAGACGUGUUAUGGAUCUUAUCAGCCUUUGAGUGGAAUUACUCUUCUGCCUCUGGCCCUGAGCUACCCUGGAGCUCCUCUCCUGGGAUUUGUCUUUUGCUGAUGGCAUAUUUCUGAAUGGGGACUUUUCUUGGUUAAUUUACAUCAGCUGUUGUCUGUUAUCAAAAAAUACAGAUUUUGAUAUUUU